AAACGUUGCCUUGUUCACCGAGAAGCGGAACUGCCAAUUUUCGUGCAGACGGAAAGUGAAACUCCGUGCACAAAACUUCCUGGUGUGCAUGGUCAUGUAGGCGAGUGUCUCUCGAGCGAAGGCAUUUGAAGCUGGCCCAAGUCACAAGGACUACCUCUGGAUAUGGCUUUGCAUAUGAUUUUCCUUUUGUGGAUGCCCUAGGCCUCGAUUUUUAUGUUUACUAAACAAGGGCAAAUAAACUGAUCAGAAAUGGGGUCCGCUUGCUGUAAACAGCAAAAAACCGAAGAAACACAAAGCUUGCUGGAUGGCGCGAACAAAGACGCCGACUCUUCGUCAAAAGGGAGUGAAGAAGAGGCUCACGGGGUGCAAGGAGGUUUUACGAAUGAACACGGAGAUGAAGACUCAAAUUGUACCAAAGAAAACAGGGGAAUGGGAAGUGAGGCGCAGGUGGACAAUGUGUUGACAGUUGUGCAGGUAAACCAAGAGGUGGGCAGUGAAGUGCCAAAUCUGGAGACGGAUGAGAAGAAAUGCCCUGAAGACUCCUUCCCUAAAAUUGAAGAUGGACACACACCAGACCACAAUCAGGAGAUCAAUUUGAUGUAUGUAGAAGAUGAAGAGACAGGAAGUGCACACGUACUGUAUCCUGUCCCCAAAAUUGAGACUAUACAUGUCGAAGACCCCCCUAAGCUAGAAUACCUACAAGUUGAACCAACUGCAAAAAGAUCUGAGAGUGAACUGUCUUCUUCCGCAAAAUUUGAGGAUGUGCGCAGAAUAGGCCUUUCCCUCAAGAGUGAGUCUAUAAAGGAAGCAGACCCUUCUCUUAAGAAUGAGACUGUAGCAGCUGCAGUCCCCUACCUCGAGAGGGAGACUGUAGAGGCAGUGGACCCCUUCUUCAAGAAGGAGACUUUAGCUGCAGUAGACCCCUCAUUUAAGAAGGAGACUGUAGAGGCAGUGAACCCCUUCUUUAAGAAGGAGACUGUAGCUGCAGUAGACCCCUCACUUCAGAAGGAGACCAUAGAGACAGUGGACCCCCUCUUCAAGAAGGAGACUGUAGAUGCAGUAGACCCCUCACUUAAGAAUGAGAUUGCAGAGGCAGUGGACAACUUGUUUAUGUAUGAGUCUACAGAAGGUGCAGACCCUGAGCCUACAGAGGUAGUGAUGCCCUCCCUGACCAUUGAGAAGAUAGUGGAAGUGGAACCCUCCCUUACCACUGAAACAGUGGAGGUAGACGACGUGGAACCCUCCCUUACCACUGAAACAGUGGAGGUAGACGACGUGGAACCCUCCCUCACCACUGAGACAGUGGAGGUAGACGAAGUGGAACCCUCCCAUACCACUGAGACAGUGGAGGUAGACGAAGUGGAACCCUCCCUUACCCCUGAAACAGUGGAGGUAGACGAAGUGGAACCCUCCCUUACCCCUGAAACAGUGGAGGUAGAUGAAGUGGAACCCUCCCUUACCACUGAGACGGAAGAAGUAGUGGAGCCCUCCCUCAAGAAGGAGACUGUAGAGGCAGUAGGCGCCUUGUUUGAGUAUGAGUCCAUUGAAGAUGCAGACCGCUUCAUUAAGAAUGAGCCUACAGAGAUAGUGGACUCCUCGCUUGAGAAUGAGCCUACAGAGGUAGCUGACUCCUUGUUUGAGAAUGAGACUGUAGAGGCAGUGGACCCCUCCCUUAAGAAUGAAGCCAUAGAGGCAGUGGACUCCUUGCUUGAGAAGGAAACCGUAGAGGCAGUGGACUCCUUGCUUGAGAAGGAAACCGUAGAGGCAGUGGACUCUUUGCUUGAGAAUGAGACUGUAGAGGCAGUGGACUCCUUACUUGAGAAUGAUCCUACAGAGGCAGUGGACUCCUUGCUUGAGAAUGAUCCUAGAGAGGUAGGGGACUCCUUGCUUGAGAAUGAGACCGCAGAGGCAGUAGACCCCUCACUUGAGAGUGAGACUGUAGAGGCAGUGGACACAUCAUUUAAUUAUGAGCCCCCAGAAGAUGCAGACCCUGAAGCUACAGUGGCAGUGCUGCCCCCCUUUACCAUGGAGACAGUGGAGGUGGGGGAACCCUCCCUUACCAUUGAGACGGUGGAGGUGGUAGAACCCUCCCUUACCAUGGAGACGGUGGAGGUGGGGGAACCCACCCUCAAAAGUCCAUCUUUGCAGUCAGAAGAGCCCUUACCUGGGACCCAGGACAUGAAGGCAGACUACUCAACCCCUAAGUCUGUUGAUGGACUUGUAGGUUCUAAUGCAGUGUUCCCUGAUGAAGCCUCCCCACCAACCGAUCAUGAACCUUGCAUGGAAAAUCUCUCCAGGCCAGCACAUGAAGACGCUACAGAGCUGGUCUUAUCCUCAGAUGGAGAGUCUGAGGAUGAAGAACAAACCAGGGAGGUGGAUGUUCCAGCAGCUGUCGGAGAGACAUCAGAUGUGAAUGAUGACAUCCAUGGCAUCAUGUCACCCAACCAAGCUACAGAGCCCUCCCUUAUGGAUGAGCUUGUACCUCGAGAAAGUAUUGAGGACCUAUACUGUGCGGAACAGGAGAUUGUCCAGCUUGAAAAGACAGAGCCUCUGCUCCAGAUAACACCUCCUGGGGUUCAGGACAGGAGCAGUGUGGCACCAGGGGUGGACAUUCUGGCUUACUGUCAAAGGGAGUGGAAAGGCAACACAGCCACAAGUGCCAUCAUAAGAAAGGGGUACUCUGUGCUGUCGCAGAGUUUUGAGGGCCUGCAAAGAGUCAGGGGUGAUAACUACUGCGCCCUGAGGGCCACACUCUACCAAAUCCUUUGUCACAGUGACAAGCUCCCGGCCUGGAUUGAGGAUGAUGACAUCACCCUGUUGCCAGAGAAUCUGGCUGCUGAGAUAGAGCUAGUUGGAGGCUGGAAGUUUCCCCUUGGGCAUGAGGCAGGAGGGAACAAGGGCGCUGUUGAGCAACUGAAACGUCACCUGAAUCUCCUCCAGAAAACGUGGCGGGAGGCGGCGGAGGCGGGCGAUGCCGAGGAGAGGCAGAGGCUGUGUGACGCGCUCUUUCGGGGCGGCGAGGAGGAGCACGCCCUCCUGGAGGCCGUCAAGCUCCUGAUGCUGAGCUCGGCGGUGGAGCUGUACCAGCGCAUGGGCCGCGACGAGGAGGUGCCCGUGUUCUGCUGGCUCCUCUUCGCCCGCGAUGACUCCGAGAGCCCCGGUGCAUUCCUCGCCAACCACCUCAGCCACGUCGGCUUCAGCGGCGGCCUAGAGCAGGUGGAGAUGUUUCUUUUGGGGUAUGCUCUACAGCACACUAUCCAGGCUUACCGGCUAUAUAAGACGGACACAGAGGAGUUCAUUACCUACUACCCUGAUGACCACAAUGGAGCCUGGCCGCAGGUCUGUCUGGUCACUGAGGAUGACCGGCAUUACAAUGUCCUUGUGGAAAAAUUGAAGGGAAAUGAUCUCCCAGAAGACCCAACAGUAGCCGAAUGAUAACCUCAAUCUUUAAUUUGAUCAGUUAAAGGCCUACACACACGCAUUGUCCGUGUUUUUGAGUUUUUCAUGUUAUCCUGGAGCCUUCGAUUUGUGUAUGCAUAUUUUAGAGUCUAACUGAUAUUUCUUUCGAGCUGUUGGUUAAACGAUUUCACACAUAACAUGAUGUAUGUUUUUGCAUAAUUAUCAAAUGACGUUGCUACAUUUGAACAGAUAGGGCUGACCACAGGAGGUGGGGGGGGGGGGUUUAGGUCACUGCUCUUGUUGGUAUCUAAAAUGUUUUGUCAGCAUUUUAGAUACUAAAAACGGGAAGAGAGCACUGAUGUGUGUAGGCCUUUAGUUUUUUUGUACCUCUUUUUAUGUAAUAGUUUGCAAUCUAGCACACUAAGCAUAAUGUGAACAUGGGACUUUUAUUCUUCAUGGCAUGCAUUUUAUUUUUUAGUUAUUUUUCACAAUGUAGCUUAAAAGGGUAAAUAAUAUAUCAAAACAUAAAAAGUUAAUUAAUAUUCCAAAUUUCAAUUGCAAUUCAAAAUUUCUAUUAAAAUUCUGGGAUUGUAAUUGUGGUUGGAACAAAAAUAUGCCCCCCCCCCUCGGACCAAGAUAAGAGUAUCUAACGCAGUGUGAAGUAUCGUAUAUAACCACAAAAUGUUAUUUUGAGGAAAAGAGCAUCCAGUCCCUCUAUUGUUCCCUAUAGUAUAAUUGUGUGCUGUAGCAGCUCUUCAACACCUUAGCUUUCUCUAAUGACACUCUAAAUCACAUUGCUUUUAGCUGUAAACAUGUUUGUAUGCCUUCUUUAUAGUGACACAUUUUAAUACAUGCCCCGGUAUUGCGACAUUGCUGUCAUUUUGUCAUAAAAACUGGUAGAAAAGUGUUCUGCAGCUGUAAAAAGCUUUCUACGGUUUUCUCUGGCCCCGCCCCAGUAGUGAUGUCACAGAGUACCCUUUCCUGGGUACCUCUACCUCAUAUGAAUGCCAUAUAUAAAUAAAUAAAUAAAUAAAUAAGAAAAUUGUUGAUGCCCUCAAAAUUGUCCCUUUACUUUUUAAUGGCUUACUUUCUCAAAGUCAGAAAGUCAGCUGACUGAUCAAUACUGCACAGAACACUGCCAGCAUCUGAUUGGUUAGAGUAUACUUUAUAAUUGUGUUGAUAGAGGAGCCAGGCUGAAACAGUGAGUGAAAUUACUCUAUAUAAGCGAGCUUAAGUACCAGUCAGACAUUUUAUCAUUGGAAAUCAUUCUGACUUAUUGAACCAGCUUAGCUUCCUGUUCUCAUGUUGUAAGUCAUAUUAGUUACAGGGAGGUUGCUUAGCCGAUAAAAGAUGCGAUUCACAUCGAUAUCGCUGUGGGACAUACAAGCCAAUACUCCCUCACAGAGCCUGUGCCAUUAAAUGGUAGUUGGUCUUGAGAUGAUUGUUUAAAAAAAGUGUUUUUCCACUUAAGUUCUUAUACUGAAAUAUUUCAUUGGGUUUCAUGUAAAGAUGUGCAGCUGAGAUGACAGAAGACAAAGUUGCUUGGUGAUCUGUUAAGGGCAAUGUUCCAGUUCUGUUAGUCAGACAUUCCUGUUUUCCCAUAUCACUGCUAAUGAUAGCAGUCAGAAUAUUGCAGAAGUGAUUUAGGCAAUGAAGGAAGGUGCCAAAAAUCUGUCUUGUGUGUAUACAGUAGCACAAACUUGGGUGCUUCUCCUAUUUUCAGUGGACUAUUGACCAUUCCAGUGAAAGUGUACUGUGGUCUUUCCGCAGAAAUAAACCCACUAAAUAUA